UUUUUUCUCUCUCUCUCUUUAUCUCGAUAUAGAUCAUCAUCAUUGUUGUUGUUGUUUGAAAUUUUAUUAAUUGAAAAAUUGUUUGCAAUUGUAAAUAUACACAAUGUCCAGUCAAAUGUUUGCUCAACAAUCACCUGUACGACAAUAUCUGCCAUGGAUUUGUACAUCAUUGGCUAUUGGUUAUGCAGCUUACAUACAUUGGCGUUCACGUUGUCAACGAAAAAAAAUACAAAUAAAUUCGGAUAAAAAACAUGCACGAAGUUGUGAGGUUAAUAUUGAUGAUAUUGAUCGAAAUCGAAAACCAGUGAAUAAUGAAAUGGUUUCGGGUGAAAUUAAUUUUGAUGAAUAUGAAGAAUAUCUAAUUGAAAUCGAUGAAGAAGAAGAAGAACAAGAACAAGAUGAAGAAUUGGAUGCUGAUUUAAAUUCGAAUAACAACGAACAACUAGAAAUAAAUCAAAACAUUAACGUUGAUAAUAUUGUAAAAGAAGUUAAAUUUGAUGAUAAAAUUAUUCAAAUUGAACCAAAAUUAUUGAAAGAACGUCGUGAAUCUACAGAAAUCAGUUUGAUUCAUCAAUCAAAUAUUGUUGACCGUAAACAUCAACAAAAACAAUCAACACAACCAUUAAAACGUAAACGUUAUAGUUUAAAAGGAGAUAUAGAUGAUCUUGCAUUUGAUAUAUUUUGUUUUGAUGAAAUGCCUACCGUUCGACAAGAAUUUAUUGAUAACAAAAUCAUUGAUGAUGAUGAUGAUGAUGAUUUGAAUGAAGCAAUUCUUGAUGAAUUAUUACGACGAUGGCGUCAUCUAUCAACCGAUUUGAAAGAAGAAUAUCUUUCAAAAGCAGUAUCAGAAUCAUCAAAAAAGAAAAUUUCCUAUUGUCGUUGUUGGAAAUCGGAAACAUUUCCACUUUGUGAUGGUGGUCAUAAAUGUCAUAAUCGUGAAAAUGAUGAUAGUGUUGGUCCAUUGAAUCUUGUAUGGCGUGAUGAUAAUGUUGUUGAAUCUGGUGAUGCAACAACAACACAGGCUGCUACCGAUCCAACACGUCAAACCGAAUCAAAAUCACCAAUCAACGAUCCAGAUAUGGAUAUUAAAUCUAUUGAUUCAUUAGAAAGUGAUCAUUCACCAAUAUUAGGUGUUUCGGGUUCAGCUAACGGUUCAAAUGGAAGUGAUGAUUUUGAUGAUCAAUUGGUUAAAAUUGAUAGUAAUGCUGCUGCUGGAUCAUCAUCAUCAUCGAACAACAAAAAUAAUGCUGAUGUAACAACAACUACAUCCACACCAAAUAGAUCAUCAAAUAUGAAUGAUGAUGAUGGUCAUCAUAACAAUAAUACAAAUAAUAAUAGUAAUAAUUUAACGGAUGAACAAUUAAGUUCAUUGGAAAUGAUUGAUGAUGAUAAUAAUUUUACUACAGUCAAUAAUGAUAAUGAUGGUCAACAACAACAAUCCACACCAUAGCAUUUUUUGUUUUAU